ACUCCCUCCGAAAAACGGAGGAAUAAACCCGCCGGUCCGCUUCAAUGUGGCUUCGAAAUAAAGAAGCUUCCCCACGGGGCCAGUGCCUCGACCAGGUGGGCUAGCCGGAUGAAGUUCCUAGUCACGCAGCGAGUUUCGGACUACUCGAGAAAACGAUAGAAUCUCUAGGAUAAACUAUCUGUUUAUUCGAUGUAAACUGGGGAUGUAUUACUCGCUUAUAUUUUUUGCAAGACAAGCUUCUGAACCAAUUGACAUACUUUUAUGAAC